AAUGGUCUCAACCCAAGGAUUGAGCCCAUAGUGGCUUCAACUAGUGUUGGUCUUAGUACUGAGACUUCAUCUAUGACAUGUAUCCUGCAGAGCACUCCUCGCUUACCUGUUUUCUCAAACGAUGGUGAUUUUCUUAUUGGUGGUAUUUUUUCGAUUCAUUACAAACUGCACACAGUGAUUUAUAACUACACCACCAAGCCUGAACCGUCAAGAUGCACUGGCAGCAUUGAUGCUCGGGAMCUGCGUUUUGCUCGUGCCAUGAUUUUUGCCAUUGAGCAGAUAAACAACAGCACAGAGCUGCUGCCGGGGAUAAAACUUGGAUAUCAGAUCCAUGACUCCUGUGCUUCAGUGCCUGUGUCUGUGCAUGUGGCAUUUCAACUGUCAAAUGGACAAAACCCUGUGUUUUACAAAGGAACCACUUGUACUCAGUCUGGAGUGGUCUUAGCUGUUGUUGGUGAGUCUGGAUCCUCACCAUCCAUCAGCAUGUCACGCAUCAUUGGACCCUUCAACAUCCCACUAGUGAGCCACUUUGCCACCUGUGCCUGUCUGUCAGAUAAGCAGCAGUUUCCAACAUUUUUCAGAACAAUUCCCAGUGAUCAGUUCCAAGCUGAUGCUCUGGCCAAGCUGGUGAAACACUUUGGCUGGACUUGGAUCGGAGCUGUUCGUUCAGACUCAGAUUAUGGAAAUUAUGGCAUGGCAUCUUUUCUUAAUGUAGCACAGAAAGAGGGGAUCUGUGUGGAGUACUCUGAAUCCUUUUAUCGGACCGACCCACGCAGCAAGAUCCAGAGAGUGGCUGAUGUUAUCCGCAGAUCAACUGCAAUUGUCGUUGUGGCUUUUUUGUCCUUUGGAGAAAUGAAGGUUCUGUUAGAGGAGCUGGCCCGGGAGCCUCCACCACCCCGUCAGUGGAUUGGAAGUGAGUCCUGGGUAACUGACCCACUGCUGAUGGGCUUUAGUUUCUGUGCRGGAGCCAUUGGAGUGGGUAUUCAGCAGUCUGUCAUACCAAGUCUGAGAGACUUCCUGCUGGAUCUCUCCGCAACUCAAGUAGCUGCCUCUACUUUGCUAACUGAUUUUUGGGAGGAUGCAUUCAACUGCAGCCUAAGAAAAAGUGCAGAUUUAGACAAAAAUAUAUGUGAUGGAAAUGAAGAUAUAAAAACACUUAAAAACCCGUACACUGACACAUCUCAAUUAAGGGUUACUAACAUGGUGUACAAGGCUGUUUACGCAAUAGCUCAUGCCAUUCACAGUUUAUUGUGUCAAGAAAUACAUAAAACCACACAGUGUAAUAAACAUGUCAACCUGGAGUCUAAACAGGUUUUUUAUAAAUUAAAACAUGUGUCCUUUCUUCAAAACGGUUAUCCUGUAUUAUUUGAUGCUAAUGGAGAUCCUGUGGCUUUUUAUGAGCUGGUCAACUGGCAGAAGAGUGAAAGUGGAGUUAUUGAGCUGGUAACAGUUGGAUACUAUGAUGCAUCAUUGCCAAAAGGCCAGGAGUUACAAAUAAACACAAACAUAACCUGGGUGGAGGGUGACAAAAAGGUUCCAGUGUCAGUGUGCUCUGAGAGUUGUCCUCCAGGAACACGUAAAGUGUUGCAGAAAGGAAAACCCAUCUGCUGCUAUGAUUGUAUACCAUGUCCUGAAGGAGAGAUCAGUAAUACAACAGAUUCUCCUGAUUGCUUCACAUGUCCCAGUGAAUUCUGGCCUAAUACAGAAAGAGACAUUUGUUUUCCCAAACUUGUAGAGUUUCUGUCUUUUGAUGAAGUCCUGGCAAUCAUCCUGGCUGCAUUCUCUGUUAUUGGAGCCUGUCUGACAAUCAUAACAGCAGUUAUUUUCUUUCGUCACAGAACAACUCCUGUUGUUAAAGCCAACAACUCUGAGCUGAGCUUCUUGUUGCUCUUCUCUCUGACUCUGUGUUUCUUAUGUUCAUUA